UGCCUCUGCUUGCCGUCAAAACAACAGAUAGGUAAAGCUUCUCGCCAUUUAAAUUUCCAUAUAUUUUGUUCAGUGGUUGUUCCAUAUAUUUCUUCAUGUGAAAUUGAUAUUAAUUUCUUGUUGCAUGCAUGCUGGCUUACACACCAAUAUUUUGAAUGGGUAGUCUCUAAUUUUACGUUGAUGGGUUCACAUUAGAUUUCUGUUUAAUUUUGUCUUGUUUGUGUACAAGAUUUGAAGGAAAUUAGGGUUACAAAAAUGAACAACGAGAAGAAGAAAGCUAUUAGCAGACUCGAAUCUGUUGGAGAAGAUCGCAUUAGUGAGUUGCCUGAUGGGAUUCUCAUCCACAUCCUCUCUUUUUUCCAUCAACCACAUUAUGUGCAAAGACUUGUCUUCAAAGCUCCACAUAUUCUCCAUCGAAAUUAAUAUAAAUGAGUUACACAAACUGUAUCCGUCAAUUGAGUCGUGGCUUCAAUUAGCUGUGGGAAGGGCAGUUGAGUCCCUUACAUUAGAUUUCCCCGACGGUUUUGAUAGCCUGCUUAAUCGUGGCUCUGCUGAGAGAAUUUCAUGUUAUUUGUUGCCUCAGUUCAUAUACUCUAAUUCACAUAUCCGAAUUUUAACUACUACGCUUUGUGAAUUUGUGCCUCAUGGGAGAAUUUCAUGGUCAACACUCAAAGAGUUGAGCAUACAGCGAGCAACUUUGAAUGAUGAAGUCAUUCAAAACAUUUUGAAUGGGACUCCACUUCUUGAAAACUUGCAGAUGAUCUUCUGCUACGGAUUCAAAUUGCUCGACUUAUCUUUAAAACCUAAGUUGAAAACGUUGGUCAUAAACGUUAAUGAAUUUGUUUAUGGGGGUAGCGAUGAUGAUUUUGAGCUUAAAAUUGUGGGUCCUUAUGUUGAGACAUUGAAAAUAUCCGGGAGCUGGGAAAAUUUCAAGUGUAAGUUGAUGAAUAUGUCAUCUUUAGUUAAAGCUGCCCUGGAUUUUGAACUUAUGGAUGAUGGAGAGGAUUCCCGAGAGAAGUAUCAAAAUAUGGGCAAGGAGCUCAUUGAGAAUGUUAUUCCUGCUCAGCAACUACAACUAACAAAAUUCAGUACUCAGAUUCUCUCAACAUUGAGGAUGGAUGUUAUGGCGCCUCUAUCAUUAAAUUUGAAAUCUUUACAUGUCGAAUUUCGCGGUGAAAAGUACCUCCCUGGGAUUGAACGCGUACUUCAAUGCUCACAUAAGCUGGAGAAGUUAAUUAUAUUUUUCGACUAUACAUAUGGGAGAAGGUCUUCUAUGUUUCCGUCUCCGUUUCCGUGCAACUUAGAUCAUGGAAAGGAUUGGACUACUGCAGAGAUACCGAGUUGUUUGGAUUCCCAUCUCACGACUAUUGUGAUAUCUGGUGUAUUAAAAAGUAGAGUUGUAUUGGAAUUUCUGCAGUUCUUGCUUAUGAAUUCAAAUAUAUUGGAGAAGAUGAUCUUAUCUGGUUUUCACCAUCAAAAAGCUUUGAAAUGGGCUGAGAAGCUGUCAAGAUUUCCAAGGUCUUCUCAGCAAGCAGUGUUUCUAGUAGCUCCUAAAUAACAACGUAGCAAGAGUGAUAGUUCAGUAUAUGAAAGAACUACAAAUAGUGGAAGAUCUGGUGUAGCAAGAAAUUUCUUGAAAGAAAAUACUGUGUUUCAAGAUGUUGAUUAUAUUUUGUUCUAAUUUAUCAUACUUUGCCCUUUUUUUCAUUACAAUAGAAAAAGGGAAAUGGAAUUUGAUAGUUUUAAGUAGAAUUAUUUUUAUGUCAUUAGAUUAUGUAAUGCGGGGAUAUCAUAUUCUGCACUUCCAAGUAAUGAAUUUUG